ACGACAUGCCAUGAGCUCUUCAACUCCCUCUAUCCUGACCACCAGAACCAUAAACACCAAAGCAAAUAGCCAAAAAUAAACAAUCACAAAACAUCGCGCGAUCCAGACGUCACUUCCUUUCCUCCACGGUCCAGAAUAACCUAUCGCACGUGACCCGCCAGCUCCCCCCCAAACAGGAUAAGCGAGAAAUAUACUCACGAUUUCCGCUACCAUCCGAACUCCUUGUAUCAUUCGAUUCUUCACCUCUUCAUAAAAACCACACGCCAAUCCGACCGUCCCCGCGUCCCCAAUUGGCCUCCUCUGCCCAAUUGACAAGAGAUUGCUCUCAUCCUCCCCUUUGUCAAUCCGCGCCCACACGCCCACGAUGUCGAUGAUCCGCCAGGCUCUGCGCAGCUCCUCGAGAGUUGUUGCUCGUACCCAGACGAGACAGGCUCACGCCAUCUCGAACCCGACCCUGAUCGAUAUCGAGAAGAGAUGGGAGGCCAUGCCGCCGCAGGAGCAGGCUGAUCUGUGGAUGGCGCUCCGCGACCGCAUGAAGUCCAACUGGGCCGAGUUGACACUGCAGGAGAAGAAAGCUGCUUACUACAUCGCUUUUGGUCCUCACGGUCCCAGAGCCCAACCUCCCCCAGGAGAGGGCUGGAGGAUCUUCGCAUACACCGGAGUUGGCCUGCUCGCCUCUCUUCUGAUCUUCAGCGGUAUCCGCGCCGGUGCCCGCCCCUCGCCUGGCACCAUGACCAAGGAGUACCAGGAAGCUACCAACGAGUAUCUCAGGGCUCAAAACUCCGAACCCCUCACCGGUAUCUCGUCCGAGGGCUACAAAGGCCCCGGCCACGUCCAGAGCCCACCGGCCAAGAAAUAAAGCCCUCGGCGCACUACUCUCCCUUCUCUGUCUGGAACAUAAAAAGGCCGUGCUUUCGUUUGUUGGUUGCUGAUGUGGUGAAGGGGGCGCAUGUUUGCAUGUUGCAUGUUGCAUAUAAGUAGAAGAAGAUGAUCUCGGGUGAAGGGGAAGUGGAAAGGGGGGAGGAGAAGGGGAAGACGGGGAAGGGAGAAAUUAUUCUGUACAAAGAUAUAUAUGGUGUGUCCGUCGUUGUAGAAGGGAUGAAUCUUUUUUCUUUUUUCCUCCUGAAACUUAUAAUCAGAAUAUUGUCUCGCUGUUU